AUGGCCAUCGAUCACCUUAGUCUUCACGUUCCCGAGGCCAAAUAUCAAGAAUUCCUCAAGCUCUACCUCGCUGCACUCAAGCCACUAGGGUACGAGAUCCGCCAGCAGCUUGACGGGAAAGCUGUGGGAAUGGCAUCGAACUUGGAUACUGGCUUUGUUGCUCCUGUGGACUUUUGGGUCAUUAGUGACAAGGAUGUCCCAGCCUACCCCUCACACCUUGCAUUUCGUGCACCUGACCGUGCCAGCAUUGAAGCCUUUUAUAAUGCGGCUAUCAAGGCCGGAGGUGUGGACAACGGUAAACCUGAAUUGCGCACGAUGUACCAUGCGAAUUAUUAUGGGGCAUUUGUCAUUGACGCAGCUGGUAACAACAUUGAGGCAGUAUGCCAUCGACCUUAG